AGAUUUUGACGCCUUUGUCCAUUUAAGGUCAUAACUUGACAAUUUUUGGUCAAAAUUAAUUCAUUUUUGCACAAACUGUGCUUGAGAAGUGUACCUUUAUUUCAACGGUUAAAUGGUGCCUGUAAGUCUAGUCUAACUGACGUAAUUCAAUUCUAAAAAAUUAGUGACAAACUUUAUCGGUCAUACCUUAGUAGAGCUUUAUUUGGCCGCAGUUGAGUUUGUCCAGAACUAAUCAGAGAAUGUGAACUUAGUAGUCCCACAAAACCACAGCUUCACUUUUGUCGUGCAUUGAUUCGGUGGGUGUUCUCUAAGUGAGCGCAUUUGCUGCUAACCAUUGUUUCUGAGUCUCUCAAUUGUCUAAACAGAUUCAAGAACUAAGAACUUGCAAAGGCUAACAUCAUUCAUUCAUUUUCAUUGAUUAAAUUCAAUUCAUGAGGAACUUACCGACUCUCUUUUUUCUUUUGCCUGAUUUUAAUAGUUUGUGAGAAAGGUCACUUCAGGACAGGUUCAUUGUAUGAAUAGAAAGAGUUGGAUCGGCCCUGCUCAAGAUAUUGAUUUGAUAUUUAUUUUGAAUUUCAAGACAACCAGAACGACUCUUAUCAUCGAAGUCGAAAUUUCCAUCUCUGAACCUACUAAACCAGCGCCUAACAGUGAAACUAUUGAUUGGCACUUCACCGAAUCGGUUGUAAAUUUUUCCAGCCGUCCAUUAAGAAUUAACUCCUAUAAAAUAACUGAACAAAUACCACUUUUUUGUCGGUUAUUUUGGCCACACAAUUCGAAAACAAAGCAUGUACAGUUAAAACUGAAACAGUUAAAUUGUGCGUCUUUUAUAUUUUUACUUUAGCUUUUUUAACCCAAGCAGAUUUGACUUUGCUGAGCGUCAAUUUAGUUAUUGAAUUUUUGUGCAAAAAUUUCGACUAAUAAAUUACAGGAACUUAUGAAAAGAACAGAAAACUAGACAAAAAUAGGUAAAGCAUACAGAGAUAUCGUUUUGCUGAACAGCAAUCUUAUAGUGAAUCGAUGUUAUUAUCACUUUUGAGGACAAGAGAUGCUUGAUAUUACAUUCAAUACAAAGAUAUAAAGGAUAAAUGAGCAUUGAAGUGUUUACUUCAUUCCAAUGAGUUGUAAGCGCUUCACAUCUCAACAUGUUUCUCAACGUAAAUCCAACUUUAUUCAACAUUUUUUGUGCUUUUUUAACUGUUUGGGUGAUCAAGCAUUUGUUCAACUUUAUUAAUCGACUUCAAAAACUUCCUCCUGGUCCAUGGGGUUUACCUUUUGUGGGUUACUUGCCAUUCAUCAAGAAAGAUGCUUAUAUUCAAAUGACUGAAUUAGCUGAAAAGUAUGGACCAGUUUUCAGUUUCAAAUGUGGUCAAUUUGAUGUGAUUGUGAUCAACGAGGUAAAAGCCAUUGAAGAGGCUUUAAAGAACGAUCAUUUAUUGGCUCGUCCGGCAUCAACAUAUGUUCCUGGAUUAAAACGUGAUCCUUCAUUGAUUGAAAUGUCGGGAGAACCUUGGAGACAACAGAGACGAGUUGCUCUAACAAUACUUCGUAAUGUUGGUCUUGGGAAAAGUACACUCGAAGAAAAGAUCAAAGAAGAGAUUGGUUAUUUUAUCGACUCUUUAAAAUCAGCUCAUGGCAAUGAAGUCGAUUUCGGCGAUGAAAUCAAAACAAGUGUCUCCAAUAAUAUCUCAAUCCUUUUGUUUGGACAUCGGUUUGAAUAUAAUGAUCCUAUUGGAAGUGAAAUGAGACGAAAUAUGAAACAAGUUAUUGAAAAUGUCCCAUACUUCAGUAAAUUUAUGUUUAUGCCUGUUAUGCUUGUUUUUGUUUCCUUGGCUGCCCAUUUCAGUUCUGAUCUCAGAAAAAUGACAAGCAACCAAAAGGAACUAGAAAAGAAAGUCACAAAAGAAGUUGCUAAACAUAGAGAAAAACAAACAACUCAUGAAAUUGAAGAUUACAUCGAUGGCUUCUUGCAAGAAAUGGAUAAACAAAAGGACUCGAAUACGAGUUUUAAUAUAAACACAUUGCGAAGGAAUACUUCUGAUUUUUAUGCAGCUGGCUCCGACACUACAACACAUGUACUGAACUUUAUGAUGUUAUAUUUGGUUACUCAUCCUGAAUAUCAACAAAAAAUUCGAGAUGAAAUCAAGCAAACUAUUGGAUUCGAACGUCAACCAGAUUAUGCAGACAGAACUUCGAUGCCUUUUACAAUGGCGUUCAUCUAUGAAUCUCUACGAAUGGCAACAAUAGUUCCCCUUAAUGUUCAUAGACGCGCUGCUCAAGACACGAAAGUAAUGAGCUAUUCCAUACCUAAAGAUACAAUAGUUAUUCUCAACUUCUGGGCUGUUCAUCGUGAUCCAAAUCUAUGGAAUGACCCUCAUUCAUUCAAACCAGGGAGAUUCAUGAGUGAUGAUGGACAGAAAGUAAUUAAGUCACCAAAUUUGAUGCCAUUUAGUGGAGGCAAACGGGUAUGUCCCGGUGCAACCUUGGCUUUGAUAGAGUUGUUUCUUUAUUUGGUCUCAAUUGUACAAAAUUUUCAAGUUUCAGCUUCAGAAAGAGAUGAAAUACACGACGAAGCAAAAUAUGCUUUCCUUAGAAUGGUGAAAAAACCAGUGAAACUUAAUUUUCACACUUUGAAGGUAAACUAACAUAUGUUCAUCAAACGAUGUCCUGGCUUAUAAUCUUCUAUUGGCCUCAAAUUUCAUUUAGCAUUUUCAUAAGUGCAGUGACACUGAACCACUACUAAUUUUUUUGGAUGCAUUAUUGAUGUACUUUGAAUACUUUGUUAUUAAAAUUUUAUUUU